ACGUUGAGGAUUUCAUCUGUCUGACCGGAGCGGCGCGCGCAGGACGCACGCGGGGUUUCUGCCUUUUUGUGGGUUUUUUCUCCCUUUUUGAGAGUGAACUUUAUUUUGGCUUUUUCUCGUCGUAUUUGUUGCGGGCUGAAAGCGGGGGAAAUUGCGUGAAUCGAGUCUGCGGUUGAAAACUUUCCCCUAUGGUUCUCCGGGAUGGGGUCAAGCUGUGGUUUCUGUCCGGGAACCGUCGCUGCGCUGCAGCUGCUGCUGCUGUUUGGAGGAGCGGCAGCGCUGUACUUCCCUCAGAAAGAAUACAUUGAGACGGUUUAUGUGGGCCAGCUAGCGGGGACGCCGGUCCUUCAGGUGCACGCCAUGCUGGACAGCGCCACCGAGAGGCCACAUUUCUUCUUGUGCUGGAACAGACGACCAUACUAUGCCUCCUGGUUCCACAUGGACGUCAGUACUGGAGUUCUUUACUUGAACAAAACUCUGGAGCAGGCGGACUUCAGCUCACAAUAUCAAACUUCAUGGCCGGUGAAGCGGUUGUCCCUCCAAGUUUUGGCUUCUAACAGCUUCAUCAAGGGGUCCCAGUGUUUGGCCAAAAGAAAAGCCCUCAUCACCCUGGACUUUGUCAACGCCACCAUGCCUCCCUGUGCUCAGACAGACCUGAAGGAGCUCUGCUUCCCGCACACCUCCAACCCUCACAUCAUGGAGAACCGCUUCCCUGGAGCUCUACGUCAGUUCCGCCGGCUCACGAGGAUCGGCGUGUGUCCAAACCUCACCGUCUCCUACAGUGUGGAAUCAGACUCUCCAGCGCCGUUUGCUGUCAGCGAGAACUCCACGGAGCUGUUGGUGACCGCCCCGCUGGACCGCGAGGAGAGCGAGCUCUACAGACUGGUGAUGGUCUGCACGGUCCGGACAGAAACCCUCAUCACCAAGCUGGAGACACCCCUGGAUGUUUUUGUGGACGAUGAGGAUGACAACGCUCCAUACCUGAACGGAACCGACACGGCAGAUGUGGUCAUCAGCUUCAACCGUACCAAGGGGGGAACUUUUGGCUCUUUACGGGUCUUUGACAGGGAUUUAACCACCAUCUUUCCCAAAGACAAGAGUCACAACCGGUAUGUAGAGACUCUGCUGAGCAAUGACCCCUGGAUAAAGGAAACUUUUGACAUAAAAAGCUCCUUCAGUGAAAGAAAAACCACUCCUGCUGGCAUUCGAGAGUCCGUCCACGAAUAUCAUCUGGUUCUGAAGAGGAACCUGCAUGUUACAGAGAACCGGAGCGUCUAUAUAGACUACCUUGUCAACGACACCACCUAUCCAGGUCUGGAGGGAACAGUUCUGCUGCACUUCAACGUCACCAUAUUACCGGUCCAAAUCAACUUCGCCAACACGACUCAGGAGUUCACGGUGUCACGCAAAGCUUCUGUUUACACGCAGGUUGGCAGGAUCUGUGUGGAAAACUGCCUGGAGUUCAGCGGCUUCAGAGUCACGUACUGGCUGGAGGUUCUGGAUAAGAACACGUCCACAUCCUCGCUGUCCUGCUACGCCGCCAUCAGCAUCACGCAGGCGCCGGAUGGGAUGUGGGGGCUGCUGUACGUGAACGACUCUGAGCCUCUGCACAGGCCUGAGUGUCAGGAGCUGCACUAUGUUGUUAUGGCUCAGGAAGAAUUCAAAGAGCUGGAGACCAGCACCCAGAUACAAGUUCUGCUGGAAGGAGAAGGUGAGGCGGGUUGUUCAAACACAUCUGCAUCUGUUUUUUUUUUUUUUUUAAAGUUCUUCUUCCAUUGUUUCUUGUAUUCAGCGGAAAAGGAGGGCCAGGACAACCAACAGCUCCUUUCCUGCGCUGAAAAGAGACAGCGCAGGGACUGUGAGUCUUUCAGAGGCCUCGGAGCAACAACAGGGAGAUGCCAGUGGAGGCAAGGUGCCGGGAAAGGAAUAUCUGACCAUUACUCCACCUGCUCUCCGGAUCUGCGGACUUGUCCAGACAGCUUCUGCGAUGCAGUGGAGAGCAAAGACGUGUCCAUUUGCCCCCAAGAUUGCACCACCCAACCUGUGACCGGGGGCCAUGAGCGAGGCUUGAGCGGAAACGGCGUUCGGGCCGGCCAUGGAACCUGCUACUGCUACACCGACAAAUGCUUCUGCGAGAAGGAAGACGUCGAGGACGUGAUAUGUGACGACAUGUGUAAGACCAUCAUCGCCACCGCUCUGCUGCUGUCCUUCAUUGUGUCCAUCCUCCUGUCCUCAUACUUCCUCCACCGCUACCACAAGAACUCGCCCAAACCCCCGAUAGCGUCUGCAGAGAUGACUUUCCGCCGCACGCCUCAAUCUUAUCCCAUCAGCUUCCCUGCUAACAACGUACGCCGAGGCUCUCAGGAGUCCAUCGAGACCGACACUUUCAAAAUACCUGAGGAUCCAAAGUGGGAGUUUCCCCGCAAAAACCUGGUGCUUGGCAAGACUUUAGGGGAAGGAGAGUUUGGGAAAGUCGUAAAGGCAACAGCCUUUAGGCUGAAAGGGAAGGCCGGCUACACCACUGUGGCUGUAAAAAUGCUUAAAGAGAACGCUUCCCACAGCGAGCUGAGAGACCUUCUGUCAGAAUUCACUCUGCUGAAGCAGGUCAACCACCCACACGUCAUAAAGAUGUACGGUGCGUGCAGCCAAGACGGUCCAUUGUAUCUCAUCGUCGAGUACGCCAAGUACGGAUCUCUUCGUAAUUUCCUGCGCGAGAGCAGGAAAGUUGGCCCGAGCUUCAUGGGCAGAGAUGCGAACCGAAACUCCAGCUACCUGGAGAACCCGGAUGACCGGGCCCUCACCAUGGGAGACCUGAUCUCUUUUGCAUGGCAGAUUUCCAGAGGGAUGCAGUAUCUGGCAGAAAUGAAGCUUGUGCACAGAGACCUCGCAGCACGAAACGUCCUGGUGGCUGAAGGACGGAAGAUGAAGAUCUCUGACUUUGGUCUGUCCAGAGAUGUUUAUGAGGAGGACUCGUACGUCAAGAGGAGCAAGGUGAGGAAAUCCCAUGGAUGGGUUUGGUUUGAUGGUGUGAUGGUAAAAGCUCUAACCAGGUCUGUGCAUCGAUCAGGGUCGCAUUCCCGUGAAGUGGAUGGCCAUAGAGUCCUUGUUUGAUCACAUUUACACCACUCAAAGUGACGUCUGGUCCUUCGGCGUGCUGCUGUGGGAAAUAGUGACGCUUGGUGGGAAUCCGUACCCGGGUAUCGCUCCCGAGCGGCUGUUUAACCUCCUGAAGACUGGUUACAGGAUGGAGAGGCCGGAGAACUGCU